AUGAACCCGACUUUUCCCCGGAAUUGGAGCCACCCGCAACAGAUAGAGCCACAACCAAGUUCGUAUGCACCCCGAUCAGUGGUAAUUGCUUCGACGGAAAAUUUACUAAUUCUAGAGGAAGAUGAUCGAGGAUCAAACUCGAACCGAUUACGGAGCUCUGAUCAUCAAGGCAUCGGCGGGAGUAGUGAUUGCGAUCUCUUUGUCACUGAUUUUCCUUGUCGUCGGCAAUAUGAUCUACACAAGUCUCUCAGAAAAAGUCGAACUACGAGAAAGAAAGCGUCGUUGAAAGGGAUCAUCACAUCAGUUUCUUCACGAAUGGGACAUUUUCUUUUUGGAGAGACAUCGACCUCUCAACCAAAUGAAAACGAAGAGUCUGAUUCGGAUUUAAAUAAUCAAGAAUCGACUAGAAGUGAUAUUGAAGAGCCCUCUUUGCAAUGCCCCGUGACGAGUACGAAUGCUGGAACUAACAACAGAAUGCCGAAAAGCUCACUGUUCUGCCCGUGUUUCUCGCCGAUGGUUAGUGAAGAUUCGGACGAGGAAGAGGAAAGAGAUGCUUUCUCGAUGCUGUCGAUCAGUCGGGAGAUGCGGCAACAAUUCGCCCUUCGCGCCGACUCAACUCGACAUCCCACUGAAUAUCGACGCAGUUUAAGAGGUAUGGUAAAAGAAGAGCAACCAAUCGUUCAUCGAACUGUUGAGUACGCGAAUUUCUUCGUGAAAGACAUGGAGAAAGUGCUGAGUGCGUCGUAUUAUUGGGGAAUCAUGGACAGAUUUGAGGCUGAACGAUUGCUUGAAGGGAAACCUGAAGGCACUUUCCUUCUUCGAGACAGCGCCCAAACGGCUUACCUAUUCAGCGUUUCUUUCCGACGUUACCAACGUACUUUGCAUGCAAGGAUUGAGCAGGAAAACCAUCGUUUCGGUUUUGAUAUCCACGAUCCAUCCGUUUUCUCAUCAGAUCGAGUCACCAAAUUGAUCGACAACUACAAGGAUCCGACACGAUGUCUCUUUUUUGAACCUUUAUUAACGACUCCAUUGAAAAGAGAUCAUGUGUUCUCUCUGCAGGAAAUCUGUCGUGCAACGAUCUCUUCUCAUUGUCCGUAUGAUCAGGUAUCCAAGUUGCCGUUGCCGAACAAUUUAAAGAAUUUCGUUCGCGAUUUCCACUACAUUCACCCAGUGAGGACGACUUUUCAUGAGAAUUCU